AUGAACCGUAAGGCAAUAGCUUGCAGUUCAUCCAGAGAAGAUCUAAGGCAAGAGCUUGUAAGCAUGAAGCCAUCCACUGUUUUAUUAGUUUCUGAUCUUCGACUUAAAAGGGAGAAGCUUUCAAUAGUUCAUCCAGAGAAGAUCCAAGAGAGGAGGUCAAUGUUUCUGAGCAAUUUUGAUCAAAAAUUUGUGCAUUAUGUCCAAAAAUAUGUGCACUUUUUCUCUGCUCCAUCACAAAUACCAUUUGACCUCAUAAUUGGUGUACACAUGGAGGCGCUGAGCAGACUUAUGGUUGCAUACGACUUCAUAUGUGGGAGACUAACUUUUAAUUCAGAGGAAAAGAGGUUUGAGAUCGAUUGUAAUGAUGAAGGAGUACCUCUUGCCAUCUGUUCAAGCGAGCUGUGUUUACAAGAGUUGGGGGAUAUCACCAUUCCAAAUCCUGCCUUCUCACAACUUUGCUUAACCUCGGAAUCUUCAAAUCGAACACUGGAAGAUGAGCCACUCUUAUCCCUUCAAAUAACUCGGUUCAAAUGCGGUGGAUACACUCUGGGAACGUCUGUAAAUCAUGGUGUUAUGGAUGGGUUUGGCCUACAAGGGUUUGCAAGAAAUUUUACGUGCAUGGCUGUAAAAGGUGAGCUAGCAUCUGUACCAGUUAUUGAUCGAAGCUGCUUGCAGGCUCGAACUCCUCUCCAGAUUAAGUACGAGCAUGAGGAGUACCUAGACCCUUCCAAAAGUAGUCCACAUCUGAUUCUUUCGUCAAUAGCAACACAAAGAAACAAGGAGAUGUGGCACACUAAGAUGGCCUUCAACAAUGUCUCUGAAACACAUAUAUUUAAGUCGUUCAUGUUAUCAGGGAAAAUGCUCGAAACCCUAAAAACGAAGGCGGCUGAUGACGGAGUGAAGCAGUGCACAAGUUUUAUGGUAGCUUUAGCACACUUGUGGCGGACAAGGACUAUCUCAAUUGGAAACAUGAAUGCACACGAUGUUUCCACCGUGCACUACGCAGUAGAGACAAGAUCAAGGUUUGUUCCUCCUCUUCCAUGGGAAUUUGCAGGUAAUGGAUCGGUUUCGGCCUAUGCCAAGGCCACUGGAAAAGAACUGCAGGAAGAGCCAUUUGGUGAGAUUGUGAAGAAAUUACAGGAAGGUUCGGAUAGAUUGACAGAUGAGUACUUGAGAUCUUCAAUAGACUGGUUGGAAUUACAUGAUGGGGUGCAAGGUUUGGAGAAUGGGUUUCUUGCAUCGAACUGGAAGCAUUUUAGAUUUGGAGAAGUGGAAUUGAGAGGAGGGAUUAAGUCUUUGCAUGGAGGGCCUGUGGUUUCAGGGUGGGAGAAAGUUGUACUAUUUUUAGCACACCCACAGGACCACCAGGGGAUGCAGUUAUACAUUGGUUUGGAGGCCAGCCACAUGGACAUAUUUGAGAAACUUAUUGAGACUGUUUGA